AUCAGAUAAAAUUUAGUCUUGUAUCAGAUGUUCAUAGUGAAAGAUCAUUAAAAAAACUAAGACAUGAAAUUUAUUAUUCAUUCGAUCGUUUUGUUUUACGUGGCUUCAAUCGUGAACUCAGAAGAAGAAGCGGAAAUUGCUAUUCCAGAAUGUGUCAUCAAGAAGGAUUCAAUUGAUCAAGAUAAAAUGCUGACAGAAUGUCCAAGUACUGCAUCGUGUGAAAAUGGUCAACUAGUAAAAACAUCCGCAGGUUGCUGUUGCGAUAAUGAAUAUUAUGAAAACGAUGAUCGUUACUUGGACAUGUCUAGACCACGUCGAAGAGGAUCCAAACAACUGCGACGUUGUGAAUAUAAUGAAGAAUAUGAAGUAACUGGAAACUAUCACACUCAUUGUAAUGGUUUAAGUGUUUGUGAGAAAGAUUAUGCUUUGGUCCACAAUAAUGAAAUUCGCAAAGGAAGAACAAGCUACGAAAGGACCAAUAAAUGUUGCUGUGCACCUUACGACAUUGCAGAGUUAUUUGUUUUUCCCUAAUGAAAACAUUCUAUCUCAAAAAUAUUUACUGACUGGAAACUUCGCUAAAAAUUGAUCAUUGAAUAAAUAUAAGCAGCAAAUAAAAAACCGAA